UAAAGAUACACCAGCAAGUGCGUGUGUCUGUCUGCUUUGGACUGAAGUUCAUCAGACUUUUUUAAAGUUUAUGAACUUUUUAGUGCUGCAAUAUUCAGACUUAUGUUUGUUUAAAACGACAUAGAAAUUAGAAACAUGAAGAGAGCAAGCUCAGUCAGCUCAAGCGACAAAAUACCUGAAGCAGAUCUGGUAAAAUUAGAAAAUGGACCUGAAUACAAAUCUAAGAGAAAAUACCCAGGGUUUAGGAAAAAUGUCCAUGAUUAUUUUACUGAGUUUACUGAAAAUACUGGUAUACAUGGAUUUAAGUAUAUGGGAGAACAGAACAGAAGCAUAUUCGAAAAGACUUUUUGGCUGAUUCUUUUUUGUGUUUCCCUCUACUUUUGUAUAGGAUUAAUCAUACAAACUUACAUAAAAUGGGACACUUCCCCAGUACUUGUAAGUUUUGCGAGAAGUCCCACUCCUGUUUGGCAGGUUCCGUUUCCCGCAAUCACAAUUUGUUCAGAAACUAAAGCAAGACAAACUAAAUUUAAUUUCACUGAUGCAUAUAAUAAGUUUGUAAAACAUCGAAAUUUUACCGAUAAAGAGCUGGAUAGACUUUCAGAUAUUGCCCUUAUUUGUGACAGUCAUCUUUAUAAUAAUGGUAACAAAACAACCGAUUUUAAAACCAUAGAAUACCUUAUGAGUGUGGCUCCUCAAUUUGAUGACAUUUUCUUUAGCUGUAAAUGGACAAUGCAUAACGAUUCAUGCCAUAAUCUAUUUACCAAACAUCUAACUGAUGAAGGACUUUGUUAUACCUUUAAUAUGUUGGAUAAAACAGAAUUAGUUAAUGACAAUGUAUUUUUACAUGGUGAUUACAUGUCUCAUGGUCAAAAAUCGGAAGGAUGGUCUUUGGAGAAUGGAUAUCCCAGAGGAUCCCCUAAGGACACCUUCCCACGCAGAGCAAUGUCUGCAGGAGCUAGUGGGGGAUUGUUCUUAGUCCUGUCAGCUUUUCAGCAGGAUUUGGACUACAUGUGUAAAGGACCUGUGCAAGGAUUCAAAAUUCUUUUGCAUCAUCCUGCAGAAAUUCCUCGAGUGCAGCUACAAUACUUCCGUAUACCUCUGAAUCAGGAAGUGGUGGUUAGCAUUAAACCGGAUAUGAUGACUACUUCCGAGGGUCUAAGAGGUUACGAUCCAGCUAGAAGACAAUGUUUCUUUCCGAGCGAAAGAAAAUUGGCGUAUUAUAAAAGUUAUACCCAACAAAAUUGCCAGAUUGAAUGUCUCACAAACGCUACCCUUGCUGCUUGUGGAUGCGUAGCCUACUACAUGCCCCACGAGGAACAUACACAAAUAUGUGGCUCUGGUAGUCUAAAAUGUAUGUUUGAGGCUCAAAGUGCUUUAUUGGAUAAAGACGUACAGGAAGGUUUGGAAACUAUGGAUACCGAGUAUUCUGAAAUUCAAUUUUUAAAUAUUUCGCGUUGCAAUUGUAUGCCAUCUUGCACUUCAUUGACAUACAAUGCCGAAACUUCUCAAGCUGAAUACAACUACCAGGAAGUUUUUAAGGCGUUUGAAGCUAACAUUAGCGAAUUUCCAGGGAUACAAAUGUCAAGAUUAACAAUUUUCUUCAAAGAACAACAAUUUAUAACCUCUGAAAGGAACGAGUUGUAUGGUCAAACCGAUUUUCUUGCCAACUGCGGAGGUAUUUUAGGAUUGUUUACAGGAUUCUCUUUUUUGUCUAUCGUGGAAAUUUUCUAUUUUAUUUCUCUAAGAUUGGUUUGCAAUGUUAAAAAAUACGGAAGAAAAUAUUGGUCGGCCUCUCCUGAAUUACUCCAAGAUGAUGCAUAUAUUCACUAAUUCAUAUUAAUAUUGUAAAUGGUUUUCCAUUAAGUGUAUAACAUUUGUCGCCAUUAUUUCUUCUCAAUUAUAGAUUUGUUAAUCUUUAAGUCUCCUUAAAAAAUCUUAAAUAUUAAGAGAUAUACGCUAAAGAAGCAUCUCUAGUAGCGCCACCGUAAUCAUCGUAACAAAACUGCAGCUUUUAAUACAAAAUAAUACAAAAUAUCAAUUGUACCUAACUAAUACAAUAAAUACACAUUUUAUUGAUGAUUUACGUAAAAAUUGGAAUUAUUAAGUUCAGUCAAAAUCAUAAAAUAAAUAAGUCGUAUUAUAUGUAAUAUUAUGUUGCCAUGAAUUCGUAGAUAUUUUCAGUCUUUUACUUUAAAAAAUGCAGUUGUCGGCGUUUUUUUUAGAGGACUCGAAUAUAUAAAAGUUUGUUUGUAAGGUUGUGCUUCUAUAACUAUUAUUUUGUGUUGGAUUUCUUUAAAAUGACCAAACUGAAAUAUAAGUUAUAACGGGUGAUUCAUUUAGACCUUUUUUUUUAAAUUCUAAAUAAAAUGCAUAAAAUGGAAUUGGAUGGCGGAAUCU